UUGUUUUCAAAUUUUUAAAAUAAUUUAAAAUGCAAUAAAAUUAAAAUUAUUGGCUACGGCUAGUUUUGAAAGAGUUAGGUUUGUUGAAAAAAAAAUUAAAAUUGAAAAAUUUUCUUGCUAUAUGAAGCAUGAGCCUGGUUCAACCAUAUUCCAUCGAUAUUAUUCAUCAGUUGGCUCUCUGAUAAUUAUGGCUUACAAAAAUUUUAUUUUACGCUUUUGGAACUUUUUGAAAAUUUGAAAACAUUGCUCAUUUUCGAAUAAUAAAACUGAUGAUGAUGAUGUGAUGUGUGCGAAUUCAGGACAAGUGGCGGUGGUCAUGGCAACAGUUGGUUGCGCUCACCAUCUGAAUGGAUUCAUUGUUUAUUGUGGCCAAAGGGCAGAGGCAGUGGAAUAUAAUAUAUAAACACACACACGCACACACACACACAACAAAUUGAGUAACAUAGAAUAACACAAUAUACCUGUUGAUGAUGAUUGUGAUGGCUGGCUUUUUAACCACUAAUGGAAAGCUACAUUAUGAGUCAUGCCGAGUGCAUCUUACCUGUUUGUUUGUUUGAUAAACUAGUGACGUCGAUGCUUAUUAACUGUAGAAAAAAAAGUGCUCAAUGGUUUCAAUUUCGCAAAGAAAUUAUCGUCGUCUCUAUAAAAAUUUUUUAAAGUAACCGUUUUUGUCAUAUUGUGACCAAAAUAAUGAUUACAAUUGUGGUGGGAGUCUAUGGACCUAAACUUGAAUCAGCUCAACUUGUUGUUUAAUAAUGUGUUUGUGUUGUAUAUAAAUUUGAUGAUGAGGAAGUUUAUAUAAACUAGCCACAUUAAUUUAGAGAGUAGCAUCCAGUUUUGAUUAUGCAUAUAUUAUAAAUGUGACAAACAAUCAUUGUGAAUACAGUGAAUGAAUGAAUGAAUGAAUAGAUUUGUAGAUCGAUCGUUUCCUUGAUUGAUUGAAUGAAAUUGACUGACUGACUGACUUGGUGACUAAAAUCAUCCCUUUCACUUUAGGCCAACAAUAGGCCAAAUUAACAAUUGGCUGUAAAAUUCAUUGUAAAAUCACACAAUCAUUAUUUUACAUAAUAAUCACCGGAUGUAUAAUGCUACAAUCAUCGUCCAAUUGGUUGUCAUUUGGAUGAAGACUAUUUUACAAUCAACUACAUUCACAUGAUUACGAUCAUCGAUUGUUCCGUAUUCAAAUGGCUAAUUUAUAGAUCAAAUCAUCCUACUUUCUAGCUACAUUAUUAUUCCACAUAUUCUAUAUGUUAAUACUGUGUUAUUUAUUCAUCAAAACUAUGCCGACAAUCAGAAUAUCCAGACGAUCAAAAUGUCCAUUAGUUCUGGCCACUGUCUUCAUUAUUCUGACACUGGUAUCAAUUUUAGAUUGUCAAUCACUGCCAUAUACAACCAUUAGCGAUGACCAGCCAUGGUCUUCGAAUUCUUGGUUACAUCACAACGAUGACGAACAAACUGCCCCGACAACUACCGGACCCAUAGUGGCCGUACUAAACAUGACAAACGAAGAUGCUAACAUAAGUCAUUCAUCAUCAGAUUCAAUUGAAGAAUCGAGAAAUGAAACAAUGACUAUAAUACCACCGUCGUCCUUAUCGUUAAUCGAAUCGUCUACAAACAACCCAUUGAUUAGUCGAGAUGGACAUUUUGGAAUCGAUGCCGAAUUAAAAUGUCAAUCGAAUGACGAUUGUCCCGAACACUCUGAAUGUGUAGAUGAAUUCUGUCGUUGUCGACAUGGCCAUUGUCAGAAUUUGGGCCAAUGUUUAGUGGUCAGUGAUGCUGAAGUUUAUUGUUUUUGCACUGGAAAUUUCAGUGGACCACGUUGUGAAUACCGUAAUCAAGCUUGUGGAAUGAAUCACAACUGCCAAAAUGGUGCCACAUGCAGCCUUAUUGAAAAUUCAACCAUGCCAAGUUGCAUUUGCAAACCGGGUUAUCAUGGUGAAAACUGUGAACAUAUCCUACACACAUGUGAUACAAUCAAUUGUCUCAACAAUGGCCAUUGUCAAAUCAAUGGACCCGAUGGUCUUGCCGUUUGUCAAUGUAUUGAUGGAUUCGACGGAAAAAAUUGUGAGCACAAUAUCGAUGAUUGUCCAAAACCGAAUCCAUGUUCGAAUGGUGGUCACUGUGUGGACGGAAUCAGCAAUUACACGUGCCAAUGUAUUCCACCUUAUUAUGGUGCAAACUGUACAAACAUAUGGAAUCCAUGCCAAUCACCGGAAGAAAAUCCAUGUCAAAAUGGAGGCCAUUGUCUGACUGCUCAGGAUUUCUUAUCAUACAAUUGUAGCUGUUCAUUGGGAUUCACCGGUGAUAAUUGUGAAAUUAACAUCGAUGAUUGUGCUCAACAUAACUGUAGUAAUGGGCAGAUUUGUAUCGACUUAGUCAACGGAUACCGUUGUGAAUGUUCUCCAGGUUUCGAAGGUAUCGGAUGCAAAAACCGUAUCGAUCAUUGCAAAAAGCAUAAAUGUCAGAAUGGAACGUGUUUGAAUAACCUGACAGAUUAUAGCUGCUACUGUGCAACCGGAUAUGAGGGCCAAUUUUGCGAACAUGAUAUCGAUGAAUGCUCAGUACACCAUCCAUGUGUUCAUGGCUUAUGUGUCAAUCAACCUGGCUCGUUCGAAUGUUAUUGUAGGCCUGGUUAUACCGGUCCAUUAUGUCAACUGGACAUUGAUGAAUGUCUUUCUGGUCCAUGCCAAAACAAUGGUACUUGCAAAAAUCUACAGUCUACUUAUGAAUGCGAUUGUCCACCUGAAUAUUCCGGCAAGAAUUGUGAGUUAGAAGUAGAUGAAUGCAAAUCGAAUCCUUGUGAAAAUGGUGGAACCUGUACUGAUUUGAUCGGUGGAUAUCUUUGCCAUUGUCCUUCAGGCAUUCAAGGCUCACAAUGUCAGUUGGACAUUGAUGAAUGUAUUCAGAAUCCAUGUCAGAAUGGUGGUAGCUGUGUCAAUGAAUUAGCUAGCUACCAUUGCGAAUGCCAUCAUGGAUUUGAAGGCAUUCAUUGUGAAAAAGACGUUGAUGAAUGCGUCAUAAGUCCGUGUAUGAACAAUGGUACCUGUCUGAAUCGUAAUGGCACCUAUGAAUGCGAAUGUUUACCUGGAUUUGAAGGGGAUCAUUGUGAAAAAGACGUUGAUGAAUGUGCCGAAUCAGUUAACAACGACAAUGAUCCUUGUCUGAAUGGUGGCCGCUGCAUCGAUUUGGUAAAUGCAUUCGAAUGUAAUUGUACGGAAACCGGAUUUGAUGGCCCACAUUGUGAGAAAGAAAUUAAUGACUGUGAACCAAUGCCUUGUUCUCAAUUGGGGACGCUUAGAUGCGAAGAUUUGCAUCUUAAUUACAGUUGUCAUUGUCGACCUGGGUUCACGGGCCAUCAUUGUGAGAUUGACAUCGAUGAAUGUGAAUCAAAUCCAUGUCAAAAUGGUGGUACCUGUCAGCAGAAAGCUCACGAUGCAUCAUUGUUUGGACAGAAUUUUCGAGAUAAAUAUGAACUGGACGAAUUGACGGUUUUGCGUCAUAGUCAUCAAGCGGUUGGUUAUACUUGUACCUGUGUACCAGGAUUCGAAGGCAUCGAUUGUGAGAUCAACAAAGACGAUUGCCAAAUUAACCAUUGUCAGAAUGGAGGUAUUUGUAUCGAUGAAAUCAAUUCCUAUUCAUGUCAGUGUAUUUACGGAUUUGAGGGCAAAAUGUGCCAAUAUCUGAUCGAUCCAUGCAUUUCAUCGCCAUGCCGAAAUGGAGCUACGUGUUUGAAGAAAAGUAACGAUUCCUAUAUUUGCGAAUGUACGAUCGGCUGGUUAGGCGAACGUUGUGAUCGACGCCGAUCUUGUUACAUGCCCGAAUGUCAUCCAGAGCAUUCACAUUGUGUGAAAAAAAUGUCACAUAUACAACAUAACCUUUGUGCUUGCCUACCAAAUCCGGCUGGAUUAUAUAAUCGCUCGCUAUGUGACCCAAUCUAUGAUUGCUCAAUGGCCACUGGUCUUUGUCAGAAUGGUGGAACAUGUGUCCAGUCAGGUCGUGGCUAUUAUUGCAUCUGUUCGGACGAUUAUGAAGGACUAAUUUGUGAGAAAAAGAAACGAAUCAACCUUGUGGUCAUAUUGAUUGCAUCUGUGGGUGCCAUAAUGACUAUAGCUUUGGCAGUCAUCAUGUUGGUUGUAUUUCGAAGCAUAAAACGUGCUCGAGCAACACGUGGCACAUAUUCACCAUCGACUCAGGAAAUGUUUGGAAAUUCUGCUGGAGAGAUUCUGAAACCACCACCAGAAGAACGGCUUAUCUAACCUCGACACUAAUUGGUCAUUUGUACAUACAUGGAUCAUACAUUUAUUAGGAUGCACAUCCGUAUAUAUUAUCUAUUUGUAUUAUAUUUGUAGAACGGCUAUUUAUUGUUGCAUGACAAUCAUCAUUAUUUUAUUAUUUUAUUACAUAAACAAUAAUUGAUGUCAA